UUCUUCUCCACAUCUAGGACUGACUGCAUUGCAUGGAUGAUGGACUUGACCUUAUGUUUGAGACGACCAUCGUGGAUGGUGGCCAGUAAAAGAAUGAGGAUGACUUCAAAUUUCCAGUGGCUCUUGUUAACAUUUAUUCUUAUAUAUUUAAUGAAUCAAGUAAAUAGCCAGAAAAAGGGGGCUCCUCGUGAUUUGAAGUGUAUAACUAACAAUUUACAAGUGUGGGACUGUUCUUGGAAAGCACCCUCUGGAGCCGGCCGUGGUACUUUCUAUGAAGUUUGCAUUGAAAACGGAUCCUAUUCUUCUUGUUAUCCAUCGGAGAAAACAAAUACUAAAAUCCCAGCUCUUUCACCUGGUGAUCAUGAAAUAGUGAUAAACCCUCUACGUGAUUUUGGAAGUUCUAUAAGUAAAUUCAUGCUCAGUGAAAAAAACGUUUCCUUAAUUCCAGACACUCCGGAGAUCUUGAAUUUGUCUGCUGAUUUCCCAACUUCUACAUUACACCUAAAGUGGAAUGACAGGGGUUCUGUUUUUCCACGUCACUCAAAUGUCAUCUGGGAAAUUAAAAUUCUACGUAAAAAGAAUAUGGAAAUCGUAAAAUUAGUGACCCACAACACAACUCUGAAUGGUAAAGAUACAGUUCAUCACUGGAGUUGGACCUCGGACAUGCCCUUGGAGUGUGCCACUCAUUCUGUGGGAAUUAGAUGCUACAUUGAUGAUCCUCAUUUCUCAGGUCGCAAAGAGUGGAGUGACUGGAGCCUGCUGAAGAAUGUUUCUUGGUCUCUUGAUUCUCAGACUAAGGUUUUUCCUCAAGACAAAGUGAUACUUGUAGGCUCAGAUAUAAUAGUUUGUUGUGUGACUCGAGAUAAAGUUUUAUCAGCACAGAUUGGCCUAACAAAGUGUCCCCUUAUCCAUCUUGAUGGGAAGAAUGUUGCAAUCAAGAUCCAAAAUAUUUCUGUUUCUGCAAAUAGUGGAACAAAUGUGGUUUUCACAACGGAAGAUAACAUAUAUGGAACAGUUAUUUUUGCAGGAUAUCCACCUGAUACUCCUCAAAAACUGAAUUGUGAGACAUAUGAUUUAAAAGAGAUUGUAUGUACGUGGAAUCCAGGAAGACCAACAGCGUUGGUGGGCCCACGUGUUACAAGUUAUACUUUAUUUGAAAGUUUUUCAGGAAAAAAUGUUAGAUUUAAAAGAACUGAAGCACUCACAAAUGAAAGCCAUCAGUUACUCUUUCAAAUGCUUCCAAAUCAAGAAAUGUAUAAUUUUACUUUGAAUGCUCACAAUCCUCUGGGUCGAUCAGAAUCAGUGAUUUUAGUUAACAUAACUGAAAAAGUUUGUCCCCAUAGUCCUACUUCAAUCAAAGUGAAGGAUAUUAAUUCAACAGCUGUUGCACUUUCCUGGCGUUUACCAGGCAACUUUGCAAAGAUUAAAUUUUUAUGUCAAAUUGAAAUUAAUAAAACUAAUUCAAUACAAGAAUUGCGGAACGUCACAAUCAAAGGAGUAGAAAAUUCAAGUUAUUUCGUUGCUGUGGACAAGUUAAAUCCAUAUACUAUAUAUACUUUUCGGAUUCGUUGUUCUACUGAAACUUUCUGGAAAUGGAGCAAAUGGAGCAAUGAAAAACAAUAUUUAACCACAGAAGCUAUUCCUUCAAAGGGACCAGAUACUUGGAGAGAGUGGAGUUCUGAUGGAAAAAAUUUAAUAAUCUAUUGGAAGCCUUUACCCGUUAAUGAAGCUAAUGGAAAAAUACUUUCCUAUAAUGUAUCUUGUUCAUCAGAUGAGGAAACACAGUCCCUUUCUGAGAUUCCUGAUCCUCAACACAAGGCAGAACUACAACUUGAUAAAAAUGACUACAUCAUCAGUGUGGUGGCAAAAAAUUCUGUUGGCUCAUCGCCACCUUCAAAAAUAGCUAGUAUGGAAAUUCCAAAUGAUGAUCUCAAAAUAGAGCAGGCUGUUGGAAUGGGAAAUGGGAUUCUGCUCAGUUGGAAUUACGACCCCAACAUGACUUGUGACUAUGUGAUUAAAUGGUGCAAUUCAUCUCGGUCUGAACCCUGCCUUAUGGACUGGAAAAAAGUGCCUUCAAACAGCACUGAAACUGUCAUAGAAUCUGAUCAGUUUCGACCAGGUGUAAGAUAUCAUUUUUUCCUGUAUGGGUGCAGAAAUCAAGGAUAUCAGUUAUUACGUUCUGUAAUUGGAUAUAUAGAAGAAUUGGCUCCAAUCGUUGCACCAAAUUUUACUGUUGAGGACACGUCUGCAGAUUCCAUAUUGGUAAAGUGGGAGGAUAUUCCUGUGGAAGAGCUCAGAGGCUUUUUAAGAGGGUAUUUAUUUUACUUCGAAAAAGGAGAGAGAGACACAUCUAGGAUGAGGAGUUUGGAAUCAGGUCGCUCUGAUAUAAAGGUGAAGAAUAUUACUGACAUAUCCCAGAAAACACUGAGAAUUGCUGAUCUUCAAGGUAAAACAAGUUACCAUCUGGUCUUGCGAGCCUAUACGGAUGGUGGAAUGGGCCCAGAGAAGAGCAUGUUUGUGGUGACAAAGGAAAAUUCUGUGGGAUUAAUUAUUGCCAUUCUCAUCCCAGUGGCAGUGGCUGUCAUUGUUGGAGUGGUAACGAGUAUCCUUUGCUAUCGGAAACGAGAAUGGAUUAAAGAAACCUUCUACCCUGAUAUUCCAAACCCAGAAAAUUGUAAAGCGUUACAGUUUCAAAAGAGUGUCUGUGAGGGAAACAGUGCCCUUAAAACAUUGGAAAUGAAUCCUUGCACCCCAAAUAACGUUGAGGUUCUGGAAACUCGAUCAGCAGUUCCUAAAAUAGAAGAUACAGAGAUAAUUUCUCCAGUGGCUGAGCGUCCAGAAGACAGCUCUGACGCAGAACCUGAAAACCACGUGGUUGUGUCCUAUUGCCCACCAGUCAUUGAGGAAGAAAUACCCAACCCGGGAGCAGAUGAAGCCGGAGGGGCCUCACAGGUCAUUUACAUUGACAUCCAGUCCAUGUAUCAGCCUCAAGCAAGACCAGAGGAAGAACAAGAAGACGACCCUGUAGGGGGGGCAGGCUAUAAGCCACAAAUGCACCUCCCUGUCACUCCUACUGUAGAAGAUCUAGCUGCAGAUGACGACUUAGAUAAAACUGCAGGUUACAGACCUCAGGCAAAUGUAAAUACUUGGAACUUAGUAUCUCCAGACUCUCCUAGGUCCACAGACAGCAACAGUGAAAUUGUCUCUUUUGGAAGCCCGUGCUCCAUUAACUCCCGACAAUUUUUGAUUCCUCCUAAAGAUGAAGACUCUCCCAAAUCGAAUGGAGGAGGGUGGUCCUUUACAAACUUUUUUCAGAACAAACCAAACGAUUAACAGUGUCACCCUGUCACUUCAGUCUACCAUCUCAAUAAGCUCUCAUUGCUAGUGUUGCUGCGUCAGCACUGGGCGUCUUGGAGGGAUCCUGUGAAGUAUUGUUAGUGAGGUGGACUUCACUGCGCGCAAGUUACGCUAAAAGUGUUAGUGUGCUUUCAAUGUAGUCUAAAAGCCAAAGUAGAGUAACUCAGAAAUUCCAGCCACACAACUCAAGAUUCGGAGCUGUUUGUGAUUUGAGCUGAAGAAUUCUCACGUGCUCUACCUUCAAGAAGCAUUUCAAGGCUAAUACCGUCUAGUCCGUACGUGGAAAGCAAAUCCCACAGAAACCGUAUUCUGUUAACCUGUUGUUAAUGGUUUUCUCAUAUGUGUACUUUAUGGAAUCGCAAGCAGAUUUGCAGGCAAGGGAGGAAAAUGUCAUAGUAACAGCUGAUGUUUAUUGGCCUGACAUUUGCUCCAUUCUAGAUGAAAACCAAGCACAGAUUUUAAAACUUCACAUUAUUCUCCUCUAUCCACAGCAUUUACAAAAAUUAAUAUAAUUUUUAAUGUAGCGACAUCUGUUUAGUGUUUUGUUUGAUAAAGUGUGCUAUUCCUGUGCCUACUGUAUAAUGGUUAUCAAACAGUUUUCUCAGGGGUUCAAACUCGGAAAACAAGCGUGACACUGACCGCCCACAUCAGAAUCGUGCUUUCUUGCUUUGGUGGGUUUUUCAAACCGUUCCAUUUUUUUUUUUUUAGCUUUUAUGCUAGCUUCCCUUAUCGCAUUUGGUUGCCCUGAUAUUUAAAACUUAAAUUUCUAAGACUAUAGAUCAAAGUUUUUAAAAACUCCGGGUUUUUUUUUUGUGAUGUAGUGUCAGUUUUAUAAGUAUAUGAGCAAAUUCAAUAUUAUUCAUAAACACGUGAUUCCAGUGGUUUACUAUUUGAGAUGACUACUAAGCAAUAUCUAGUGGCGUUAGCCAUCCAUGUGGUUCUGAUUGGCUCCAGUUCCUCCUGAGAAGGCCAUGCCCUGAGCCCUAGUCGCUCAGGCAGCGAUGAUGUUUGACACCUCAUAGCAAGUGUUCCUCCUGAUCGUGUGUCUUAGCAUUUCCUCCCUCUUAAAUGAUCAUCAGUCUGGACUAUUUGAUCCAGUCCUCAAAUUUUUAAAUAUAAAACUAAAAACAUAAUGCUUCCUACAGGAACAAUUACUCAAGGGCUAUUUUGUAUGAAAUGUCAUGAAAUUGACCUGACUCAAUAGGCAUACCUAUGUUAGAGGGCCAGCAGUUACUUUGUGAGCCGUCUACAGACGUGUGUCUUCACAGCAUCCUCUGCCCACCCUUGGUUUUCAUAAGCGAUGUCUAGAAUGAAUGUGGUUCUCAGGAAAGCAAAAUGAAAAACUAAAAAUGCAUCUUAUAUUUUCCCUGCCCUCGUGUUGUCUAUGUGUUUUGUCUUUUGAUAGUU